AUGGCCGGGCGCGGCGGCGCGCGGAGCUCGGUCCUCGUCACCGCGCUCCUCGCGCUCCUUCUUCUGCUGGGAACGCUCGCGGGCGGCGCGGAGGCGAAGAGCCCCGGGAAGAAACGCAACCAGAGCAUCGACCGCGAGAUCAAGCACAGACGCGCGCGGUGCGACGUCGAAGUGCGAGAGGACGCCUCGCUGUGCGCCCCGGGCGCGAGCGCGAUCGACAUGGAAAACUGCGCCAUGCGAUGCGUCUCCCCGGAGUGCUACGAAAACGUCUACGGCGACGACCCGCUGGAAGACGGCGAGGUGGACGUCGUGAGAGGGAGGACGUUCCGGUCGUGCGCGCGGACGGCGUUCCGAACCGCGAAGUUACGACGCGGGGAGAAGGUCGGGGCGACGUCGGCCGACGCGGAGAGCGAUGAGACGCGAUGA